GCGGCCAUGGAGGGCGAGCCUCCUCCGGUGGAGGAGCGGCGGCGGCUGCAGGAGGAGCUGACCGAGUUCGCCGAGAGCUGCUGUCGGAAGCUGGAGGAGGUGACGUCGACCCUGGGCUGGAGCCUGGAUCGUCUGGACCCCGAGGAGGAGGAGGAGGUGGCCGAGGAUGAAGUUGUGAUGUGCCCUUAUGAUUCCAAUCAUCAUAUGCCUAAAUCGUCUUUAGCAAAGCACAUGGUGUCAUGUAGAUUGAGGAAACUGGGCUACACCAAAGAAGAAGAGGAUAAAAUGUAUAAUUCUGAAUUUUUCUAUGAGAAUAUGAAGAUACCUUCAGUCACUUUGAAUAAGGACUCACAAUUCCAGAUAAUUAAACAAGCUAGAACCACAGUUGGAAAAGAUGGUGAUUGUUAUAAUCAAAGAAUUUAUUCUUCAUUACCUGUUGAAGUGCCUCUGAAUCACAAACGAUUUGUUUGUGAUCUGACCCAAGCCGAUCGUCUUGCCCUCUAUGAUUUUGUAAUUGAGGAGACAAAGAAAAAGCGCUCUGAUUCUCAAGUUAUCGAAAAUGACAGUGAUCUCUUUGUAGACUUGGCUGCAAAAGUCAAUCAAGAUAAUAGUCGAAAAAGCCCAAAAUCUUACCUUGAAAUCCUGGCAGAAGUAAGGGAUUAUAAAAGAAGACGUCAGUCCUAUAGAGCUAAGAAUGUUCACAUAACCAAGAAAUCGUAUACUGAGGUGAUUCGGGAUGUGAUAAAUGUGCACAUGGAAGAACUCAGUAAUCAUUGGCAAGAAGAGCAGGAAAAAGCAGAGGAUGCUGCUGAAAAGAAUGAAGAAAGGCGAUCAGCUUCAGUAGAUUCACGGCAGUCUGGUGGAAGCUAUUUGGAUGCUGAGUGUUCACGGCAUAGAAGGGACCGGAGUAGGAGCCCACAUAAACGAAAAAGAAAUAAAGAUAAAGAUAAAAAUUGGGACUCAAGAAGAAGGAAAGAGAGGGAUGGGGAAAGACAUCAUAGUCAUAAAAGAAGAAAACAAAAAGUAUAAAUGAAGUACUCAUGCAUAUAUUAAUUAUGGUGAUGCCAUGGUAACCAAUAUGCUGAUAUUUUCAUAAUUGCGUUGAGUAGGAGUAUGUGUUUAUAUGACCUGUUCAGUGCUCUAGUCAUUAUUUUUCAGUAAGUGCUUAUGUCUCAAGCCAUGAGUACACUGUUAUGCCCCAUAACUCUGUUUUUUGUAUACUUUAAUAGAUGGUUGCUUCCUAUUACUCACCUUUUUUUUCUUUUUUGAUAAUUUAUCAGAAAAUUCUUUAAUUAAAGUUAGUACUUAAAUUAUAUAAAUAAUACGCGAAUGCAUUCUCACUGUAAAACUUAAUCCUACAGAACACCACCCUCCCUGGGGCUGCCCUGUGGUGACUACUAUUUACCACUGCACUGGUGAGUUGUGAUAGGGAAAAGCAACCUAAAUACCUGUCCGGAGGGAAAGGCCUGCCUAACUAAAAUGCACUAUAAUAAUAUAAUAGAUUAUUUAUAUCAGAUUUAAAAGAAAUAAACUUUAUAUUAAUGUGGAUAGAUCUCGGAUACAUAAUGUUAAGUGACAACAGCAAGUUGCAGAAAAAAUAUGUACAAGUUAUAUCUUUGUACAAAACCAUACUAUAUGUUUUCAGUGGCUAUUUAUGUAUGUAAAUAUAUUUUUAAAGGUCAGAAGAGUCCAUACCAAACUCACAACAGUGAUUAUUUGGGAGAGACAGUAUAAUUGGGAGAGAUAAGGGGUGGCAGUGAGGAUUGGGAGAGUAGUCAAAGGAAACUUUAGCUUUAUCCAUAAUACAUUAAUUUUUAAAAAAUAACAUAUUCAUGGUUGUUGAUUAAAGAUUGUCAUUUUCUUUUUUGUAAAUGAA